CUCUACAUAGCGGUGCAGUGCACGCGCGCAUGCUGACUGCUGAGAGAGAGAGAGGGAAAGAGCACGCGCAGAUUGCCUCCACUCAGCCCUUCUGUUGAUAGAUAAGUGCGAUCUUUGACUGCACGUUUACAGCUUGAAAAUAUUUGUACAUACGGAAGUUAUUUAUAUUAGAAAAUCAAUGUCUACUGAACUCGAUAAUUGAGUAAUAUAUGACCGAAAUGAGGUUUAUCUAUGCCAUCUCUUGCGAUAACAUGAUUCACACGAUGAUCUUAUCGAAAUUGUAGCAUGCAAAUAAGCAAGUCAUUAGGUGACAUAUUUACCGUUCGUCUCGUUGAUCGAGCUCAUUAUUUUGAAAAUAUCGACUUGCGUUGCGUCAUUUUUCGAUUGAAACCGCUACAAGUGUUGCCAACCUACGGAACUGGACUACUGCGAUUUUGCCAUAUGCUUUCUUCUUUCAGACAGUCGAGCGGCCGAGCCUUAGAAAAGGCGCAAGCAGCGACCUCUGUCGGCACUGAAUGCUACUUUUCAUUUACGACUCAAAUCUAAACUCACAAUCCCUGUACCAAUUCAUCACGUAGCUGCAGCUCAGUCUUACGGCUGCUACUGCACUCAUACUGACAGUUCGUAAAGUGUGAUUACACCUGUCGAGCCACGUGUGCACGCGACAAUUGUGUAAUUGUUUAUAUUUCAAUUAAUUGUGCUCAGACAUAGUGUCAAUGAUCGUUGCUCUUUUCACUUUGGUGCAUGCGCAUUCGAUUGAGUGAAAGUAAUUAAAAAGUUCCAUGUUUGAAUAGUGGGUGCGGUAACCUCUAAAUUUUGUAAAAGGAUCACGAGUGAAAGAAACAAAUAAUUUACGAUGUCCACGUUGAACCAACAAAAAAAGCUGCAAAAACAGAAGAAAAAUGGCACACAAAAGCCAGGAAAAAAGGCCGCUGGUUUUAAAAAUAUACUUGCCAAGCCGACAGAACAGUUUUGGCCGGUAUUGGAAGACCAACAAGAAAUUAGUGAAAUCGAAACUCUCUGCAAAAGUUUAUUACCUCAAUUAAAACUUUCAAAAGUUUCUAAAAAAGCUUCAUCUAAAAAACGUAAACUUCAAAAGAAAGAAAUGAAGGAAGAAAGCUCUAAUGAAAUGGAAAUUGAUGACAUAUCAAAUUCUACAGAAAAACCCUUACAAUCUGUAGUUUUUGGUAUCAACGAAGUUGCAAAAUUAUUAGAAAAACAAGAAAGUUGUUGUGUUGUUAUAGACUCCACUAUUGACAACUACUUUAUGAUACAACAUUUAGUAAUUAUGUGUGAAAAUCAAACAAUACCAGUUAUUAUGGCACCAAUUUUGAAAAAAGUGACAAAUGAUAUAUUAGGUUUUGCUUGUGCUGCAAUGGCCUUCAAGAAAAACCAAAGUCAGAAUGAACUCUUCAGUGAAUUUAUUCCAGUGGUACAAAAGAUGUACAAAAAAUUGAAAAAUGAAAAAGUGUCAAGCAAAGAAGUAUUUAAACUAAAUGCUGCUAAUAUUGAAAAUAAAAAUGAAUCUAAUAUAAUCAAAAAAUCUAUUUUUGAUUAUAAAUAUGAAAGUGAAAGUGAAAGUGGUAGUGGAAGUGAUAAAUCAGCAGAUCCUGAUACAUCUGAAUUUUCUUAUCUGUAUAUAUACAAUCCAAACUAUGAUCAAAUUAUUGAUGAUCUCCACGCUAAAGUUAAUAGUCAAGACUUUUCUAGUUCUGAUGACCUUGAUCAAUGGUCAGAUGAUUCAGAUGCACCAAAGCCUAAAUGUGUUAAAGAGUUUGGGGAGUAUAUCAAGUUUUCUGAUACUAAUGAUAGUGAAGAAGAACCUUCAAAAACCCAAACAAGCAAAGGCAAUGACAAUAGAUAUUUUACUAUUCAAAAAGACAAUGAUAAAAGUAAAGUUUCAAAAAAUAUAGGUCAGAAGAGAAAAAUAGGCAAUUCAUCACAAUCUGUCGAUCAAACAACUAGUUCUGUUAGUUAUGAACCUUUAAAAGUUAAAAGAGUAAAAAAAAAUGAAAACAGACCAAAUAGGACUAAAAAGUGUUUGAAA